AAAUCAUUUCACUGUAUUUUGGAAACAAUUUUUGUUGUGGCGGCGAAAAACAAGUGAAAAGCUCAUUAUCAAGUACAAAAUUAGUUGCAAUGCAUUUCACUAAACUUUAUAAAAUAAAUAUUUCUGUGUAUAGCUUCAAAAGCAAAUAAGUAGAUGCCAGGAAGCAUCUCUAUUUACCGUGAAGGUGCUAGUAAAGGUAGUGGUGCCAGGUGGACACAACUGGAGACGUAGAUAUGCCAAGUAUAGAUCAACCACCAUACGAAUAAAAAACAAACUACUGUCUGUGGCGACGGCGCAAAUGAGGCAAUCCAUACACAAACGUCGAAAAAUAUGACAAAAAAUUUUAAUGAAAGAAAAACAGAAAAAUUUUCAGUGAAAAUUGGUUUCUAGUGGUGGACGGAUCAAAACACGCAAUACUCGUACUGACUGCUGUAAACAUACCUACAUACAUAUUUUAUUGCUCCAGCACUGUAUUGUUGCAAAUAUAUAUCAUCAAAUUGCUGGAAAUUAAUAAUAUACACAUAUAUAAUAUACAAUAUAAAUCAGCGACGACGGCAUUGAAACAUUUAAAAUCAGCAGUGCUCUGAAAAAUUAAUUGUGAAAAUCACUCAAAGUAAAUACAUAAAUUAAUUGUGUUGACUAGUUCAUUGACGUAGAGGCAUAACUAUGGCUGAGGUCCGACGUCGAAAAGGCGAGAACGAUGCCAGCGACGAUGCUGGAGAGAAAGCAGGAGAAGGCGACAAACGUAACUCAGCGGCGGACUCAUCUGAUCAUGUCGAUUCAGAGGAGGAAAAAUUGCCGGAGGAUAAAUUCGUUGAUGAGUUAUCGAAAACGCUUCCACAAGGCACUGAUAAGACACCGGAAAUUUUAGAUUCAGCCUUAAAAGAUCUACCGGAUAGAUGGAAGAAUUAUGUGAUUCGUGGCAUCUUCACUUGGAUUAUGAUAUGCGGUUUUGCACUAAUCAUAUACGGCGGCCCACUGGCGCUUAUGAUAACGACUUUGCUGGUACAAGUCAAGUGUUUCCAAGAAAUCAUUUCCAUCGGUUAUCAAGUCUAUCGCAUACAUGGCCUACCCUGGUUCCGUAGUUUGUCCUGGUAUUUCCUGCUGACAUCGAAUUACUUCUUCUACGGCGAAAAUUUAGUGGACUAUUUUGGCGUAGUUAUUAACCGUGUGGAAUAUUUGAAAUUCUUGGUGACCUAUCAUCGUUUCCUAUCGUUUGCAUUGUAUUGCAUUGGUUUCGUCUGGUUUGUGUUGUCGCUGGUGAAAAAGUAUUAUAUGAAGCAGUUCAGCCUGUUCGCUUGGACACACGUCUCGCUGUUGAUUGUGGUCACACAGAGUUAUUUGAUCAUACAGAAUAUUUUCGAAGGUCUCAUUUGGUUCAUUGUGCCCGUAUCGAUGAUUGUAUGCAACGAUGUAAUGGCCUACAUGUUUGGCUUCUUCUUCGGUCGUACUCCACUAAUUAAAUUAAGUCCGAAGAAGACAUGGGAAGGAUUUAUUGGUGGUGGCUUUGCGACAGUUAUCUUUGGCAUUAUCUUCUCCUACAUUCUCUGCAAUUAUCAAUAUUUUGUAUGCCCAAUACUGUAUUCAGAGGAAUUGGGCCGCAUGACAAUGGCUUGUGAGCCAAGUUAUUUGUUUACGAAGCAAGAUUACAGCCUAAGUGUGUUUGGCAUCGGCAAGUCGCUUAGUAUGUAUCCAUUUGUAUGGCAUUCGGUUGCAUUGAGUUUGUUCAGCUCAAUUAUCGGACCGUUUGGCGGUUUCUUCGCUUCCGGCUUUAAGCGUGCAUUUAAAAUAAAGGACUUUGGUGAUAUGAUACCCGGUCAUGGCGGUAUUAUGGAUCGUUUCGAUUGCCAAUUCUUAAUGGCCACAUUUGUGAAUGUUUACAUUUCCAGUUUUAUAAGAACGCCAGCACCAUCCAAGAUAUUGACACAGAUUUAUAACUUGAAACCGGAGCAGCAAUUACAAAUUUUCCAAUCACUCAAAGAAAGUCUUGGCGACUUGAUAACCAACUAGAGAUUUUGCAAAAACUAUUAAAUUUAAGCGUAUACUAUACUGACAAAACAAAAACAACAAAAAACACAUAUACGAAUACUACAUAUUUGUUAAAGAAUGAUAUCAAUAAUUUAGCUAUUUGUUUAUUUGUAUUAUAAAUAUUGAAUGCGUUGUUCAUAUAUAAGUUCGUUUAACUUAAAAAAGCAUAAAAGCGUGUAAACAAAACAGCGGUCUUCACUGUUAAUGCAAACUUCAUGCAUAUGAAGAUGAAAGAAAAUAAACGCCCGCCAGGCGGCCAAUGUAGUGGGUGAUUUUGUGCAGCGCUGUUUGGAAAAUUAUUUUAAAAUAAUUUUAUAGCGCAGCACUGUUUGAAGACAAAGAUUUAUAAAUAUAAUUUUUUAAAAUUUCUUUUAUAAAUACAAUUUUUAAUUUUUUUUUUUCCUUAAAUUUUAGCUUUUGAAAAAUUGUUGCUUAACACCGCGACAAACUAAAGCUUCCUUUAGACUAAUAAUAAUUAAGUUCAAAAUAAAAUUAGACCUAAGUGUGUGUGCUUCACGACGUAUUUCCAAACAUUACGGUAAAUUGGCGUUUUCUCUAAAAACAAAAACAACAAACGGCACAUUCAAUAAUAGUUGUCGUUUAAGUAGAUUUGUAGCAUUUUAGUCAUUUACAGUUAUUAUGAUUAUAGUUAUUUUUUUUACAUGCUUUUCUUCGCCGUUUGUUGUUUGCUGCUAGAUAAAAAGAUAAUAACUCAUUUGUAGGUUAUAAAGAAAUAUAGCUGAAAAGGAAGAA